CCGCGUUGUAGAUACUAACAAGUAUAUUAGGAAAUUUUGUUUUUGAUAAUUUUGCGUAGAAUGAAAAACGAGAAAAUUUAGCUUCAGGAUCUCUCAAGACACGAGAGAACAAAAAGAUGUGGUCUCAUUUACCCAGGGACCGAAUCCAUGUGGAACUCCAUGGGGGGCUUGCGUGUGGUAUUCGGAGUCGGGUUGAGGGAAAGUCUCCGACUCCCGCACCCGGGAGCUACAACCCAUCCAUGAAGAUGACACGGUCACGAUCGCUGGGUGCAGUGUCAGGAAGAGCGAAGAGGGAUACCAAUGACUGGUGAGUGUUUUGAGUGUCGAUGGGCAUGUUACUUCUACAACUGAAGAUGUCAAGGACCACGACGAGGUUCUAUCGUGGUGAUCAAAUUCGAGUGAGAAGAAAUGAGGACAUAUUAAAGCCUCAAAAUUGACCUUUUGCCAGGCACAUCAAUAAAUCAAAGGAACAAGGCCCUUCUAUUCUUCACUGACUAUUACGAGUAAGAAAUAGAGGUACUGGAACACAACGAACAAGGGACAACUAAGUAGACGACACAACUUACCUCCUCCAAAUCUUACACCAAAGGUUGAUCCGCAAUAGGAGAGACAAGCCACCAAUCUACGACACCACACGGAGCCUUCCCUCACGUUCGAAUUUCAACUACAUGUCCAGGCUGAUGGUAGUAUACUUUAUUUUUCAGCUUGAUGAAGAUUCGUGAACAGGGCCGAAGUCGAACAAGAGUCUUUAUGUUUACGUACUUGAAAGAGAAAGGGAAAUGAUAAUUGUCAUUCAUAUUUGCUUGCACGAGCAGCUGUAAAGUCAUCAUGACCAGUAUCAUCAUCAUAAUCAUCCGCCUUAGGUUCCCUCAACCGCUCGUGCUGGUUAUGCCUCGAGUACGUCUGGUAUAACCGUAGAAGGCCGCUUCUAUCCGAAUGAGGUGCAGAGGGAUCUCUCGCAAGAGAAGUACAUGUCCCAUUGGGCAUCCCCAACGAUUCGACGAGGAAUAUCCCCAUCCCGCAUGAGCCAACACGAGCGUCACGACGAGCAGCUUUCGCCAGUUGCUUCCCCAAGGCCCUCGAGUGCGGGAGGAAGCGCUAGAAGGGAGCACAUGUUUGUGUCAAACCGUAGUGGAGCCUCAGUGGUCCAUAAUUGGGCACGACCAGCGCCCGUUGCUGAUGAUAUGGCGAAAUUACAUCCAUGCACCGAAAGAUUUUGACUAUUUAGAAGUGAGAGGGGGGCUUAUUAACCUAGUUCUAGUUGUAGUAGUCGCGUCAACAUCAUUAUGGUCGUACUCGGAGUCGGACUCUACUAAGAAUUGGAACACGACCUCGCAACCGGGAUCACCCUUUCACGCGCAGCAACCUAAAAAUGAGCUCCAUGUAGUGCCUGGCGACUACCAUAAACGUUCACCCGGCUUGAUGUCCUUGAGUAGUCGCCCUGGAGCUGCUGUAGACAGUUCAGCACAAUCGACUGCAAGCACAGCAACCACAAGCAUGGGGAAGAAUGUUAAGCAACUUUCUUGCUAAAAAUGCUAUUCAAUGAAUCUUCUGAUCAAGUUUAGAAAUCACAUUGACUACUUACUCGGUUCGAACUAAGUGGGGAGAUUAUAAAUGAAAGACACGAUCCUGUUGCCGUGAUCGGCACCGGCAUCGACUUGACUACUUACUCGCAACUGUAUUAACUCUUCUAACUCUAGCCGUGCAAAUGGAUCCUAUGCCAGUGCCUUCGCUUAUGCGCCUAAACCAAGAAAUUUCUACGGUCUCAAAAUGAAGGAAAAAGUUCUGGGAAAUAGCAUGGUGUCAUCAACAGCACCGAGCAGUGCCGCUUCAUCGCCAAAAAAAACAGCAGGAGGAUCGAGGAAAGUGAUAGUACUACAACUGCCAAUAUUUUUGAUCAAUAUAGUACUCACUGUCUCUUGCUUGUUAACAGGUCCAUUAAAUAACUUGAGAAGUAUUCAUUGCUUCUACAUCUACUACUCACGGCUAAAAAAGUUGUUCAUGUCUCUUCAUUUGAUUUCGUCAGUGAGUCCCCUAACCGUUCCUCAGCAAGAAAAGCAAAAGCAAAAAACCCACUCUCCAGACAAAAGUCAAACGUGCCUACGGUGGUGGCAUCCACUCAACGCUAGGUCGCUGUGAUGAGGCUGCUUUGAAUUUUGUCGGUGGAACAGUCAGAAGUCCGACUAGUAGUCCCAAAAAAGCCGAGGACGUGCGUAGAAAAACGGAGUUGCAGUCACAAAUACGCGAAAGCAUUUUGAGAAACAGAGAAGACCUAGACCGACGAGCCAGAAUGCUGCAGAUUCGGAGGAUGUUAUGGCCCUUGGAUUUACUGAUAUUAAGUCAUAAUUCAUCUUGGAUUUUCAUUUUCACAAAUACUUUACUAGCUUGUUUCUUUUGGAUAAAUGUCAUCGAUUUUCAUCACAGUUGUUAGGUCGUCUGGCCGUGAGCGUGAACAUAAAGCACUCUCGUAGUUGUGAAUCACAAACCGCUUCCAAUACCUGAGAUGGGCGAACAAACGGUAUUUCAAUCGACCGUUGAAUAAUUUUCAAUUUCACAGUCUCAGUAGAAGUACGGGUUGUAGGAGUGUGACAUGAACACGACAAACAUCUUCUUCAAGAACGACCAUCAUUCUCCUUAAGAGCCAUCCCCUUCUAAGACCUGAGAUGGCCGAGCAAAAAUACGCAGAGUUCGGAGGUCGCCACCAGCAUAUGGCUUCCGCAGCUUCCUCCGCACCAAGACAACAACAGGAGUUCGAGCCAGAAGUCCUCCAAUUACCGGCAUCUCUAGAUGAUGACGACGACAAUAUUGACUCAAUGGUGGAGGUCAAGCGCGGAAACCGUCACGCUAAUGCCAACCGUGGGGCUGGACCUUCUGCGAGACAAGUAGAUUCAGUAGCUUCUUCAGUAGCUAGUGCGAGUGUAGGUAUGAGACUUUUCUCUUCGAAGAGUACGCCCUCAAAGGCCGGUGAUCCAGCAAGUGAGGAACAGGGGAGUCCUAUUACGGCUACAAUAUAUUUAAAUAAGAAUAUUUGAUGCAAUUAUAGCCAAUGUCACGACGGCCGCUUACCAGUUUUUAUAUCGUGGUCUAGUUUAAGGGAAAAAUGCGGAUACCCAUUGUCGUGAUAGUUGUACAUCCGCCACUAACUUGUCUCGUAUGGUGCAGACGCUGUGUAGCCUUGAUCACAUGCACUGUAUCCGUUACCUAACCCGUCUCAUCAACACUUAGCUCCACACCAUUUUUACAGUGAUUAUGCGUCGACGGAAGAAGAGUAACGCGGUACGACCUUCCUCUAACCUACGACCCAGUACUGGAGAGGAGCAACCGAAGACACGUGGUGCGAGCAAGCUGCUAGACCAUGUGAUGAAGAGCAAUUUGCGAUGGUCGAAUCAUGCUGAGGCGUUAAGAACUGACAGUGGAGUCAGGCUAAGUGCAGCUAAACGGUGAAAGUAGUACUUAGGUUGUUGGCUAAGGACCAGUAGUUAUAUCACAUUGACGCUGGUGAUAGCACUAGCAGCUAUAGAGAUACUACGUAGAAGAACACCUCUACCUGCUAACUUUCCCUUUCCUCUAUGUCAGAUGCACCAGGAGAGCAUGCAUCUAUCUUCCUCGUUGUUACAAAGUAUAGGUUUUGAGAUUUUUCAAGGCCACUUCUAAUUCUAUAGCAGCCUUUGAGCCGACGGCCUCACGUCGAUUGCUGACCUAUAGAGAUCACACGCUUAGAAAAUUACCUUAUUCCACUUCCACAUCGAGUUACUGUAUACGAAAUUGAAAAGUAUGAUUUUUCUGUAAACCAUACAUGCAUAGAUAUGAGUUAUUGAUACCUCUAGUACAUCGAUCUACAUAAGUACUAUGUUUGCCAAACUUUGGCGUGGGACGUAACAAAAAAGUUGAACAAACACGUAUACGCUAUUCGUUGGACAAACACUGAAAAUAAAUGGACAUGAUAAUGCGGGAGUCUUUAUAGUGAAACAAUGUACGUUUGGAUUCAAAGUUUUUGAUGAAAAAUUAUAGGUGAAAAUCCUAGUCAGUGACUACAAGUGUUUUCGUGUCUAGAAUCAUGCAAGCAAAAGCAAACACAUCUUAUGUAAGAGUAACAAUUGUGAAGAAAUUUCAUGAAUCAAAAAAAGUCAUGUAUCGUUGCAAGUUUUCCGUGUCGUGUGCAUAAUACGUGUGCAUAACAUAUAUAUAAUUAUCACUGCAAAUCAGUACUUGACGUGGACGAUACAACUAAUGGAUGAAAUUAAUCGCAUGUGGAAGAUGUCGUGCCUAAGAAUUUUUCUGAAAAAGGAAAGCAGGUGAGGUGGGACACAU